AUGAGCUUAAUGGCGAAAUCGUUUUUAACAAUUAUAAAAAAAGUCUGCUUAUUGAUUAUUUUUUUCAAUGUCAUUUACCUUAUUAGUUCGUAUAUUUACUACGCCGGUGAAGGCUUUGGAGUUGAAAUUUUUAAUAAACAACAAGAAUUAAUUGAAUCACUUAAUAUAGACUUUGAUUCAAAUGAUCCAAAUGCAGAAAUUUCAACUACAAAUAUUGAUUAUCAAAAUCAAAUUGAAUUACUUUUACAAGAUGUUGCAAAUAACGCAAAUAAUGAAUAUUGGUUAACUAAUACUGAUCUCACUAAUACUGAAAUUGAGAUUAAUCCAAAUCACUUUCUUAAUGAAACUGAUUCAAUUGAGGCUUGGAAGAAUAAAAAUGAAAUUUUUUAUGAUCCAAGACUUACAAUGUCUCUUUACAUUAAUUAUUUGAAAAAUAAAUUCAUUGAAAAUAAUGAUUCAGAUAUGGCUGAUUUAGAAGUUCCCUUUGAUUGGAUAGAUUGGAUUGAUUUUAGUCUUUUCAAUAUUGAUUUAGCUAAACCAGUUAAAGAUCGUAAAAGUUGCCAUUGGAUUAAACAAUUUUCUGAGAUUCCAACUAAUGCUGAAAAUCAUGUUUUCCAAUGUAUUGAUAAUCAAGAAUUAUCUCCAAAUGCAAUUAAAAUAUUGGGUUUUGAUAGACAUGAACAAUUACCAGGUUUUAUUCAAACAGAUCAUGCUGAACAAAGGGCUACAAAUAGAAUAAGAGUAAGUCAGGGUAAAUCUUAUAUUUUAACUCAUAUGCCAAAUCCUUAUAAAUUGAUUUUUUUAAAUAAAGAAGGUGGAACUUACGAAGUUCAAAUUUCACAAGAAAGAAAUCGUAUUACUAAAUCUGGUUUAAUGAAUGAAUAUAUCUUAAAUAACUACCCUGAAGCAAAUCAGAAUAAAUUAACAAAUUAUUUAAAACAAUCUUUACUUAGUCCAAAAUUAAACUUAGACCCUACUAAAGAAUUCACUUCUUUAAAACAAAGAAUUAAACCCCUUCAUGUUUUUGAAUCUAAUAAUAUCGAUCAAAUAGAUCCAUUCAAUAUGUACAGAUCUUUGCAUAGUGAUGAUAUAAAUACUAAUAAAUCACUCCCAUUACCUCCUGAUGCUUUUAGAUAUUCUGAUUCUCUUAUUGAUCAACAAAUCACUUUAUAUAAAAGACUUGAAGGUCAAAGGAAACUUAGUGCAAAUGAACAAGGUUUUUUGGAAUCAUUAGAAUUAUCUAAAUAUUAUGAUACUUUUACUGAACCAACUUAUUUUAAACAAUCAACUUUGAUCCUUGGUAAAGAUCCAAAAAAUAGAGGUGAUGAUCGUGGUUACCAUUAUGAUUGGAGAUUUUUCAAUGGUGGCCUCAAUUAUCAGGUUAAAGGUUGGACUUCAAAAGAAUUAAAUACAAGAACCACUAUUAUUCUUGACCGUCUUUUAAGAAAUUGGUUCAGAUUUACUCAAGAAAAAGGAAUUGUUAGUUGGAUCAUGCAUGGUCCUUUAUUAUCUUGGUAUUGGAAUGCUAAUAUGUUCCCCUUUGAUAAUGAUCUUGAUGUACAAAUGCCAAUCAAAGAAUUAGUAAGAUUGGGUGAAUUAUAUAAUCAAACUUUGGUGGUGGAAGAUUUAAACGAAGGUUAUGGUAAGUUUUUAAUCGAUGUGGGAACUUAUGUCCAUAACCGUGAUAUCAGCCGUCAUGCAAAUCAUAUUGACGCUAGAUUUAUAGAUGUGGAUACUGGUAUCUAUAUCGAUAUCACUGGUUUAUCAAAUUCUGAUGCUCCUGUACCAGCAGAAUUUUAUAAUAGUGGAUUAUUUGAUAUUAAAAAAGAUUUCAAUGAAGAAAUCUACAAUGAUCGUCGUAAACAUUUUUAUAAAGUUGAUCAAUUAUCACCUUUAAGAUAUACUAUGUUAGGUGGUGUUCCGGUCCAUAUUCCUAAUAAAUUAUCCGAAAGAUUAAAGUUCGAAUAUCCAAAAGGUUUGACUAGACCAGAAUUUGCAAAUUGGUUCUUCGUACCUAAAUUAGGUUUGUGGUUAAGACAAGAUCAAUUAACUAAAGUGUUGGAUGAAAAUGAUUAUAGAAUUGUCGUUGGUGAAAACAAGGAAAUUAAAUUCGAUAACGAAAAGAUUAUCAACUUAGUAAUUGAUAUGACGGAUGAAGAAAUUUAUAAACUCUUAAAAACUGAUCAAGCUAUUUUAAGUGAAUAUUACCUUACCAGGGGAUACACCGAAUUCCACAAGAAGGAAAAUGAAUUCAUUUUCAAAAGAAUCCAUGACGAAGAAAAGAAAACUACAGAAGUUUUGGAUAAUGAUGAAUUAAUCACAAACCCUGAACUUGCUAAACAAUACAUGCAAUUCAUCAACUCAAAUGUCAAUUAUGGUAAACCUUUAAGAAAACCAUUAUUCUUAUAUGAAAAGAUUGAACAACCUAAGUAUCACGACGACAAUGAGUUAUUCUCUCCUUACGAUGAAGUUUUCAGGCAAGUUAGUAAGGAACCAAAACCAAAUUAG